AUGAUACCAGCAACAAGGUCUGAAGGUAGCAUCAUCAAACUACCAAAGAAAGGAGACCUCACAAACUGUAACAACUGGAGAGAAUUUAAAUGCUCUGUUGGUAGAUCAUCAAACACAAGCUUUCUUGUUAAGUCAGGAGUGAGACAAGGAUGUGUGAUGUCGGCUCUAUUGUUCAUCAUAGCAGUAGACUGGGUAAUGAGAUCAACCCUUAGUGAUGAGAAUACGGGCAUCAGAUGGACUUUUUUCAACAAACUAGAGGACUUAGAUUAUGCAGAUGACCUGGCUUUAUUAUCUCAUCUGGAAACACAAAUGCAAAGAAAAACAUCUUAUUUACAAAUAAAUGCCAGCAAAAUCGAAUUGAACAUCAAUAUAAAGAAAACAGAAGUAAUGUCCCUAAAUACAAAAAGCCCACCCAAAAUACAAUUGAAUGGAGGAGAUAUCAAAAAUACAGAGUAUUUUACAUACCUGGGAAGUGUGGUAACAUCAGAUGGCGGAGCUGACAAGGACAUAAUAUCAAGAUUAGGUAAAGCCAGAUGA